CCCCCAGCUCCCAGGCAGGCCUGGACCGGUCGCCCGGCACCUCCAAAGCAUCUCCUGUGUCAGUCUCCUUCAGUGAGGGCUUUCCUGGGUGGGAAGGAAGUGGUCCGGUAGAAGGGAGAAAGAAAUGAGAAAUAGGUUCUGAUUUCACCAGUGACUUCCUGGGCUUUCGCAGCUUUCUACAUCCCCACCCCAGGGGUGACAAAGAGGAAGAGGCUGGGCAGGAAAGAGCCAGCGGUAGCUGCAGAGUCCCCCGGAGCCUCAGUCCAGUCUCGGGGUCGAGGCCUUUCCGGGCCCACCUGUAGCACCUGCAGCCGGAGGGUCCCCUACUCCGAGGCCUCCCGCUGCCCCACUGGGGUGCUCUUCUUCUCCCCGGACCAGCUAGGGGGGCUGUGCUGAGUCCCCUCCCCGCCCCCAACCAGAGGCUCCCUGUCCUCAGGGCUUCUCUCUCCCACCCCAGCUCAAGAAGUGGGUCAUGGCCCAGGGGGCCACCCACCUGCUGCCUGCUUCUGUCCUGCUGAUGCUCCUGGCCUCAGGCUCCUGGGAACAGAAGCUACUGCAUAAACUGGAAGGGCAGACAGUCUCUGUGCAGUGCCCGUACCCGUACUGGCCAAGUUCGAACAUGGUGAGAGCCUGGUGCAGGUACUCUCCAGAAAGUAUUUGUACCAUUUUAGCCACCCACCACCCCAGGCUCCCGAGAGUGUCGGAGCCUCGGCACUCCAUUCAGGAUGAUCCCAAAUCAGGCUACUUCAUCGUCACCAUGACUGAGCUCAGGGUGGAAGACUCCGGACUUUACGCAUGUCUAUUCUACAAAUCCUCCGAGACCUUCAUUCUCAGAAAAAUCCGUCUGGUGGUAUCUCGGGCUUCAACCGCACUGACCACCAGGAGCACCAGUGGGACCACAGCCUGGACCUCUGCCACCAGCCCUGCCAUUGACAGCCCCCAAGACAACUGGCGUCUCAUCGUUCCCAGCACCACGGUGGCCAUCGUGCUGCUGCUGCUGCUCACCAUCCUCGUGAUCCUGUACUUCAGGAAAACCCAAGGAAACGCCGGGAAAGGUGAAGACAAAUUCCACAUCUACGACAGCAUUUCGGCCCAGAAGGAACAGACCACUGAGCACAGGAAAGACUCCUCAUCAAGGCAGAGGCCAUCUCAGCUUUCCUGGGGCUCCAAUCAACAAAUGGGCUCUGAUGAGGAUGCUGGGGGCAUUUGCUAUGCCUCACUUACCUACCUGAGCCACUUUGGCCUUGAGGACUCCAUCUAUGUCAACACCCACCCCAACCCAAGGCCCAUGCCUGACCGCCUUCUGACUGUGGAAUAUGCCAGCAUCGCUGGAAACAGACCCCAGCUCUCCAAGUCGACUGCCCUGGAAGGGGAAACUCAGGAGCUGAAGGCAGACUUCACUGGGCAGUGAACACUUAGCAAGUACCUGCGAGGCAUGGGGUUGCUCUACCAGUGAUAUGGGGACUUCAGUGGGACAAAGGUGGUCCCAAACCAGGAAAAGGUCAUCCCUUCCUACAAAGGAGAUGAGGAAGGGGGAGGAAAGAAAAGACCUUAUCACUCCACAGGAGAGAAGCUCUGAGUCUAAAGGCUGUGAUGGGCGGGCUCUGGGGCCCAUAGAAGGGGUUUCUAGACACCUGCCUGCUCACCUCCCCAGGGCCUAGGAGGAGGGCUAUUAGAGCAAAGACCAAUUAGAUAGGGUUUGGAUCCCAGUGCCUCUGAGUGACCCAAUCUUCGCCCCCACUCUGUGACCCUCACUUCCUUCCUGACCAGGGGCUGCGAAAUCCUGACAUACUGUGCAAGUUCCUCUUUGGUGACUCUCCUCAUGACAGCCCUCCUCCAUCCCCAACUACCUCUCAGGACCGCUAACCCAGGCUGGAAAGUUCUACCCCUCCACUCCAGCUCCUUCCUCUCCUCCCGAUUUUGAUUCUCACAAAUGACCCUGCCAGGACAUGGGCAGUGCCCACCAUUCAAGAGUCUCUCCUAACCCCUGGCCUUGCUGGGUGGGAGCAGGGAGCAUGGGAGCUUCCCUCCCUAUAUUGGCCCCUGCAGCUUUGCUGGACCUGACCUGGGCUCCCCCACCUUCCAUGGAAACCAUCAUCUACCCUGCUAGCUGUGUCUCCAACAAAGCAGGCUGAGGGCCACCCCCUGCUUUGCCCAAGUACACUUCUACAGGACCCUUAUGGAAACAGGGCCCUUUUAAAAUUCUGUGCCCCCAAAGAGUGACUCUGAAUUGUGGGAAUUCCAGGCCAUGGGGGCAGAAGGUGCUGUCCUACCAUGUCAUGGGAAAGAUUGCUUGAAUUAUCAGUUCGUCACUUCUCAAGAGUGACUUUUAAAGAUCAUCGAAUCCAACUGCCAAUAGGAGACUAGGUCCGUUCUGCAAAACCCCAGUGAGUCAUGCAGUGUCUGUCCCAAUCUCUUGGAGGACAGGGGAUUCGCUGCCUAUUGCUCAGACAGCUUGUGUGUGAAUGGUUUUGUCAGACAGGAACUUGCUUGCCUUCAGUCACAGUGAGACAUCAGCUUUGCCUCCAGGAUGGGAACUGAGGCUGUGGCUCCUUCAGGGCCAAGAAAGGAGAGCGGUUGGAGAGGGCAAGGGUGGGUGGUCUGAGGUCUGGCAGGCUGAGGUGUGAUGACGAGGUCUUCUUCAGGAGGAAGGCAAGUUAUGCUUGUCACUCGUGACAUCCCAGGUUCCCAGUGUUGAGGAUAUGGUUCUGUCCCCAGUUUGUGGCUGUUCAGAACACUCAGGAACAACUCCGAGUUGAAGGAGGUGGAGAACAGGAUGCUCUGAGCAUCACCUUGGCUCUCCAGGUCUCUUCCUUGUCCCUUCCAGUGUCCCAGAUUUGACUACUAGAGGCUGGGCACCUGCAGUAUCCUAACCUCCCACCCUACCUGGCCUUGCUCUGAGAAGGCCAUUGGCACUGACCUACGGCCUCAUUAGACCUCUGUUCUUCAUUGUUCUAGGCUCCUGAGCCUCUUGGUCUAUAUUUUAGUCUACAUAUCCACCGGGGAAGCCCAUCUUCACCAUGGUCUUCUCAACUCGGGUAUCCUGGCUACAACGCCAUGAGCCACCCCGGAGGUCAGGCUCCUUACGCACUGUCCAAACCCGAAGGCUUUACUCAAACUAGGGACCCUGGAGUUAGAAUCAUUAUACAGUAUUUAUAAGGGGCCUGCUGCCCGCCAGCCAUGGCUCAGAGGUGGGGAUACAGUGAUUAAUCUAGUAAGCCAACAAUUAUGGAGUGGUUCUUAUGGCCACAUUCCUCUACAUACAUUAAAGGCUUAAACAACCCCAUAAGGUAAGUGCUUUCCCUUCAUUUUAAAGAUGGGGAAAUUGAGGCACAGACAGGUUAAGUAAAUUCCCAAAGUCUAACAGCUAAUAAAUGGUGGGUCCUAGACCAGAAAUUUUAGCCACAGUGCUUUCUCGUCCCUGUUCCUGUAUGCAUGCGCGCACAUGUGCAGCGGGUAGAUAUGUAUGACAAAACAGUAACACCAGGCAAUCACAGCUAGAGCUACAGAAUGCUAAUGGUGCUUGGGGGAGGUGGGAAGCAUGACUUUUUUGAUAGAACUCCAGGAGCCAAGAGGGGAUAGUAGGGCUGUGGCUGAUGUAGCUGGGGAGUUUGAGAAGAGGGAUUCUUAAUUAACCAGUGUCCCCAGAUAAAAGGCCCAGGUCCCUCCUGCCCACCCUUACCCCGGGGUGGAGGGGGGGUAGGACCGCCCCUUCUGUCACCACCAAAGGCCCCAGGGCACCUUUCAGGGCUGUGACAUUGGGAAUGUACACCUUUCCCUAUCUCAGCAGUGAUGUGGUAAUGGUAGGUGAGGCGCCCAAGACUCAGGCCCCACAGGAGGGUGCUGCUCUUGGACCUUUGGGACACCAGCAGACUUUAGGCACCAUCCUUCCCAAGACGUGCCACCCAAUGCCAGCUGGGUCCUCCCUUCACCUUCCCCUCCCCCACCCCCCACGCUCUUUAGGCAUGCCACACAAUAUGUCAACAUUUUGUUCAUUGACGUAUCUGUUUUCCGUUUUGGUUGGUGUUUCAAGCCACUAAGGUUUGGAGUAGUUUGUUUUGCAACAAUAAGCAUUCGAAACGAAUAGCCGAGACAAAUUUGAAUAACAAGUCCAUGGGGAAAGGAGAUGGUCUUACCUGACUGGAAACCGAGACUCAGGACCACAGUGUGAUUUUCUUGGAAUAGAAAAUCGACCAGGGCAACAGAAUUGGGGGGUGAGAAAACAGACCUGUGUACAGAUGGAAACCUGAUUUUUGCGAGAGCGGGCAUAUGAAUCAGGGGCAGAGGAGAGAAAUAUGCCAUGGUCUGAGUAUAACCAUCUAUCCAUAUGGGGAAAAUACAAAAUUAGAUUCUCGCCUUAGGUUUUUUUACACAAGAACGAAUUCCAGGUGGGUUACAAAUCCCCGUGUCAAUAGCUGAACAAUAAAAUGUUUAGACAAAAAUGUAAGAGUUUUUAUGACUUCAGGGUAGAGGAAUAUUUAUUGAGUAAGACAUCAAAAGCACAAACCACAGGGGAAGUGUGGUGCUUGGCUAUAUUAAAAUGCAAAACUUGAGUACAAAAAGAAGACAUCAGAAAUAAAGUGGAAGGAGGAGCGCAGACAGCGAGAUGGCAUUUGCAAUGCAUAUCACUGAUAAAGGCUUAGCAGCCAGAAUUCAUAAAUCAAAAAAGGACACACUAUUUUGAGUGGGCAAAUUAUAGGUGAAAAGAAAAUCACACCCAAGAAAAUUAAAAAAUAAAUCAGAUAAAUAAUGGUUAACUUCAUUAGCAAUCAAAUAAAUUCAAAUCUCAACUAGAAACAUAUAUACCCAGUAUAUAGGUAGAGGACUUCAAAUAUGUCUAUAAUGUUUCAUAUGUAGAUACAGAUGUAGAUAUAGAUAGAUAUAGACAUAGACAUAUAGAUAUAGAUAGACAUAGAUAUGGAUAUAUAGAUACAUACCUCACAUUUUUAAAUUCUGAGAGUUCAUGACAAUAAUCACAGACAAAAACCUAGUUCUGUGAAUGAAUUUAGGCACCCCAAGUCGCAUUUUCUCUGUAACAAUAAAACCACCAGGUAUGUGCUGUUAUUGGGUUCCUAUUACAUCAGGGGUUAUGCAACAUAGAAAAACAGAAAAAAAUGUAAGCAUGGCAUGUUAUGUAAAUUUUGAUGUUAAGUAAGUCUACCAUUAAAUUAUUUUUUCAUCGA